AGCAUCGAUUUGCGAGAUGUCUGGCCGCGGAAAGCAGGGAGGCAAAGUGCGGGCUAAGGCCAAGUCUCGCUCUUCCCGUGCUGGGCUGCAGUUCCCUGUGGGCCGCGUGCACCGGCUGCUGCGCAAGGGGAACUAUGCGGAGCGAGUGGGAGCCGGCGCGCCCGUUUACAUGGCUGCGGUGCUGGAGUACCUCACUGCUGAAAUCUUGGAGCUGGCUGGCAACGCCGCCCGGGACAACAAGAAAACUCGCAUCAUCCCCCGGCACUUGCAGCUGGCCAUCCGGAACGACGAGGAGCUGAACAAGCUGCUGGGCAAAGUCACCAUCGCGCAGGGUGGGGUCCUCCCCAACAUCCAGGCGGUGCUGCUGCCCAAGAAAACCGAGAGCCACAAAGCCAAGGGCAAGUGAGGCUACUGCAUCCUCUGGGGGAAAAACUUACCCCACGAUUACGUCUGUGUGAACCCAAAGGCUCUUUUAAGAGCCGCCCACAAAUUCAUAAAAAGAGCAUGUCAGUCCUAGAAAAACCUACGUUAUUAUGGAGCUGUGGUACCGCACUGGGGUGCUUAUGUUCAUGGUGUAAACAGAAAACUCCCAAUUCGAACAGAAGGAUCCAUAGAAGUGGGUAAGGAUGGAGGUUUCUGAAAUGGGUAGAUGAAAGCUGUGAAUGUUUCUCUCUGACGUUGUGAGGUCAAGGACUGCAGCAAC